CACAUCAUUAAAUAAAUACUUCUGGAUCUCAGGAGACGCUGUCAUGGACCUGGGAAAAAAACUCAGCACUCCCAAAGACAUCAUGCUGGAGGAGCUGUCGCUCCUCUCCAACAGAGGGUCCCGGCUUUUCAAAAUGCGCCAGAGGAGGUCUGAGAAGUAUACAUUUGAAAGCAUUCAAAACGAGGCAAACGCACUGCUGAAUCAGAAUAAUAUUCUGAACCAGAACACACACUCUGUGGAGAUUAAAGUGGAUCCGCCAGCACAUGAUGGCUCUGCAAAUUCAACCUCAGACAUGGUCACAGAAAAGCUGGACACCACGCCUGGGCACAAAACGUACCACUCACCAUGGGAGCAGGUCAUCCUGAGCGACCCUAACCUCGCCGAUACGCUCCAGCUCAGAAUGCCAGAGCCAGAGCCAAAGCAGGAUCUCCCUGAAUACAAAUGCUUCAACCGGGUUGCCACUCCUUAUGGUGGUUUUGAAAAGGCUCCAAGAGGAAUCACAUUCAAGCUCCCUGAGGUGGACCUGAACCCACCACAGUACCAGGAGCUCUGCGAUCCGAGAGCAAAGCGGCCUACGUUCAACAGGACGGCCCAGGGUUGGAUAUCAGAAGGCACUCAUCUCAUCCUACCCACUAUAACCCUGGAGUCUUUCAGUGUGCCUGAGUCUGAUGACCUGUAGGUGAUUUCACUGAAAGAUGGAACAUCAUGCAAAGGGACGUGGGGAUACAUUCACAGUAGAUAAUAUUUUGUCCAAUGGAGCUGCCUGGAAAUGUGAUUUUCCCGCUUUCUGAUGAUAGUCUGGGUUUUAAUGACACAUGGUGUAAUAUGGCCAAACUUUUUCUUAUGAAUAGGGAAAGUAAUUUACAUUUAACAUCAGAAGAAAAGCUGUAGACUUUAAUUACCUUUAAUCACAAUGUAUACAUUAUAUACAAAAUAUUUGCAAAUAUAGUCAUGAAGUGUAUUGAAUAAACUCAGCAUCCUGAUAUAUCAUUUAUUGAAGUUUUAUAGCUUCAAAUCAGUUUUAUUGAUCUCACCAUCCUGAAAUUAAUGAACAGAAAACCUUUUUUUUCAUGCAUCAGCAGGCAACUGUUCUUGUAUGUUGUCUGUUACGAAGUCUAAAAUGAUUUCUGCUUUAUUUUUAGGAAGCAGCAAUUCAACCUCAAACAAUUUGAGAAAGCCCAGAUUUUGAUGCCCAUGGCUUUGUAGGCUUCUAACAGGUUUUUUUUUUUCAAAUUUUCUGAGUGAAAAAAAAAACUAUAUGUAGAGUUUCAUUAGAUUCAUCAAUCAGGUUCAUCUUUGAAUUAAAUGAACAGAUGUCUGAUGGUGCCAUAU